AUGCAUUCGAGAUCAAAUGUGACAUCUCCACCACGGAGAAAGAAUCAAGCUGUACUCAUUGCCGCAAUUCGAGAACUCCGUGCAGACAGAAGAAAUAACAGCAAUGCUAUCAUAUCUCCCUCGGGCGAAUCACAUCCUGUGUCUUCUCCUUCAUCCCACGGAGCAGCCUGCCCCGAGACUGCGGUCCGUGAGCGGCACCGCCUGGGCCAACCGAAUGCCAUCACCGGAAAUGCCACCGGAGACUUUGACCAACCACAACAAAACUCGUCAUUUGCGGUCCAAAAUGAAAGAAGCUACUUGGGAAAGUCAGGAUACUUGCCCAUCUUUAGCCAACCCGGUCCACAGGAAAACAACGCAUUAGAGUCGUACGAAGGAAACAUCGAUGUAUCCGGACUGACCUUGACUCCCAUCCUGAAACAAAGCUUCGCCGAAACUUUUAUGGAAUUCUGUUUCCCUUGGUGUCCUGUCCUGGAUCGAACGAGCAUAUUUGAGGGACAGCCUUUCGCGGAGUCCGUGUUGUUGCAGCAAGCACUGGCACUCCUUGGGAGCAGAAUCAAUCCACCGGUCGUGGAACAUGAAAAGUCGCGAACUUACUAUGAACGCAUGAAGACGUUAUUCCACAAAAAUCAAGAACAUAACACACUGGUGCGCAUCAUCUCGAUUAUCCUGGUCUACUGGUGGAGUGCGGGCCCGCCCAAUGUCGUUAGCAUGGAAAGCCAAUUCUGGUGGACUUCCAUUGCAAUCCGUCUGGGACAGGAGAUCGGCCUUUACAGGGAGGUCACCAACUAUCAUACGUUAAAACCAGGUGAAUCUUUGGGUCUGAGACGACGUGCAAGAGAACGCCUGACAUCUAUUUGUCAAGGUCGACCUUGUAUUAUAAAUCCCGAUGACUGCGACGUUCAUCCACCAUCCCUUGAAGAUUUCCCGGCUGAUCACACAGCUCAGGCAGAGAUCUUUAUCCACUGGGUAAAUAUUUGCGAUAUCAUUGGACAAGUAUCAACACACCUGGCACGUCGUACGGACGCAACCCCUUUUCCUUUCAGCCUUGCCCAAAGACUUAUUGACUGGGUUCACCAACUUCCCGUACACCUGCAGCUCCCAUUCCUCACAAGCCGAACGAAGAUUUUUGACCGGCACAUUCACCAGCUCCAUCUCCCAUACUUGACAGCAAUCACCCUCCUUUACAUGAACACCUCUGCUCAACCAUUGCCAAAGGCAUACACUGCCGCGAUCCUGGCCGCGUCUUGUGUCGCUCGGAUUUUUCAGGACUACUUGACCCGUGGCAGCCUCAGAUUUCUCCCAGGAAUGGCCGGUUGGUACAUCAGCAUUGCCGCAUUGGCCCUGCUUCACGCCCGUCAAGUCGAAUGUCUACGAGACGGCGCGAACGAGCAGCUUGACGUUUUGUUUCUUGCCCUGAAAGAAAUGUCCAAACUUUGGCAUUCGUCCAAGAUGUUCCUCGUGGGAUUUGAAAAGUUACUCAAUGGACUCCCCCCUAACAAUCGUUCAGGACGGGGAGCCGCACACUCUAUUACAGUAUCGGCACUAACGGACUUGACGCACGAGGAUGGCAUCAAUUAUCUCGAUUUCUUUCCCGGGACGAGCAGUGAGACAAGUCAAGUUUUUAUGACGCUUCUCACGCACAGUCCGCCGUCGAUAUUUAUGGAAACUGAGUGGGCGAAUGAUCUCAGCAUACAACUUCAAGACUUGUUUGACCAGCCUUUCGAUAGCGUGGAUUUUGAUUCACUGAUAUCAUGA